AUGGCUUUAAUGGUUGCAGUUACGUGGCUUAUUUUCUUCUCAACUUACGGCCUGGCUUUCUGGGAAGGAAGCAGCUUUCUUGUCCAGGAUGUGCUCCGGCUUUCCAAAUUGCUCAUCAUCACAAUUUCUGCUAUGAUGGGUGCAUCUUUAUUUGGUAAUGUAAUGCCCAAUUUACAGGCUCUCAUAACAGCCAUUGCAGCUUCCGCCAAAAUCUCCUACACCAUCGACCGUGUUUCGCCUCUCGAUCCAACCAGCGAGGAGUGCGAUAAGUUAAACCAUGUGGAUGGCAGCAUUCGCAUGGAGAAUAUCAAACAUAUAUAUCCGUCACGACCCGAGAAUGUUGUAUUCAAGGAAAUCAACCUUCUUAUUCUUGCUGGCAAACCCACUGCUCUCGUCGGCGGGUCGGGCUCUGGAAAGAGCACUAUUGUGGACCUAAUCGAGCGUUUUUACAUUCCCGUGGAAGUUCUUCUCCCUGACGAAGCCACGUCGGCACUAGACACCAAAUCCGAGACUAUCGUGCAAGCUGCAUUAGAAACUGCAUCUGCCGGUAGUACCAUAAUUACCAUUGCUCAUUACCUGUCCACCAUCAAGAAUUCCCACAAUAUCAUCAUCUUAUCCCAGGGUCGUGUGAUUGAGCAAGGAACUCAUGAUGUAUUGCUUAAGAAGGAGGGGCUUAUUGCAAGUUAG